AGGUAACACUCCAGCAAGUCCGUGACAGGGGCUGCGGGAGGCGAGUGCCCAAUAAGUGGAACUAUUAUUAUUUUUAACUUCAAGGCACAAAUUAAAUGCCACGAACCCUGCUAAGUGCCAGAAGCAGAGUCAGCUCCUGGAAUAUACACUUUCUACCCACAGGAGCGUUCCUCCCGAGUGGAGCCCACACUGAGCUGUGACUUCCCAGGAGUCAUCUGAGGUGACCCAGCUCUGAGCCAAUGGAAGCCUUUGAGGGGGAAGGCCAGCCCAGCCAGCAUGGUGGUGGAUCCUGCAAUGGACACAUCAUGAGGACAGAAGCCAGCAUUGUGAUGUCACAGCCUGGCUGUGGCUUUGUGCUCCUGGAGCUGUAGGUGGGGAUGCUAACCCUGGCUUCCGAGGAUCCGAAGAAGAAGCUGCAGUUGUGACUGUUCCUUUUUGGUCUGUCUUCAUCCUGCCUGGCUCACGUGGCUCCUGUCCUCCUGCGUGGCUUGUGGCAGUGGGGUGAUGGCAGCCAUGGACACAGGCCAGAGAGCUGGCCCAAGCAAUCCUGGUGACAAGGAAGAGGACCUUCAAGGGCUGUGGCAGGAACUCUACCAGCUCCAGGCUAAGCAGAAGAAGCUCAAGAGAGAAGUGGAGAAGCACAAGCUUUUUGAAGACUAUCUGAUUAAGGUCCUUGAGAAAAUCCCCGAGGGCUGCACGGGAUGGGAGGAGCCGGAGGAGGUGCUGGUGGAGGCCAUGGUGAAGCACUACGGGAAGCUCUUCACAGCCAGCCAGGACACGCAGAAGCGCCUCGAGGCAUUCUCCCAGAUGAGCCAGGCCGUCCACCGGAGCCUGGAGUCUCUAGAGGAGGGUCACAGGGCUCUCAUGGCGAGCCUCAAGAUCCGGCUGUAUCAGCUGCAGAAGAAGUGUCACCGCAAGCAGGAGCAGUGGUGGAAGCUGGAGCACAGCAUCACUUACCAGAAGGACAUUGACUUCGACGCAAACACACACACCAGCAGCAGCUAUAGUGAUCAGCUGCUCAGCUACAUGCAAAUGACCAUCACCAACAUGGCCCGGCAGUGCUGCCCCUCUGCCCACAGCAUGCCCAAGAGCAUGGAUCUCUUCUCCAAGCUCAAUCUGAUUAAGAGUGAAACAUCUUUCAACCUAAUAUCAGAAAAAUGUGACAUUCUAUCCAUUCUUCGGGACCAUCCUGAAAACAGGAUUUACCGGAGGAAAAUCGAGGAACUCAGCAAAAGGUUCACCGCCAUCCGCAAGACCAAAGGGGAUGGGAACUGCUUCUACAGGGCCUUGGGCUAUUCCUACCUGGAGUCCUUGCUGGGGAAGAGCAGGGAGAUCUUCAAGUUCAAAGAACGCGUACUGCAGACCCCAAAUGACCUUCUGGCCGCUGGCUUUGAGGAGCACAAGUUCAGAAACUUCUUCAAUGCUUUUUACAGUGUGGUGGAACUGGUAGAGAAAGACGGCUCAGUGUCCAGCCUGCUGAAGGUGUUCAACGACCAGAGUGCCUCAGACCACAUCGUGCAGUUCCUGCGCCUGCUCACAUCGGCCUUCAUCAGAAACCGAGCAGACUUCUUCCGGCACUUCAUUGACGAGGAGAUGGACAUCAAAGACUUCUGCACUCAUGAAGUGGAGCCCAUGGCCACGGAGUGUGACCACAUCCAGAUCACGGCAUUGUCCCAGGCCCUGAGCAUCGCCCUGCAGGUGGAGUACGUGGACGAGAUGGAUACCGCCCUGAACCACCACGUGUUCCCUGAGGCCGCCACCCCUUCCGUUUACCUGCUCUAUAAAACAUCCCACUACAACAUCCUUUAUGCAGCCGAUAAACAUUGAUUAAUUUUAGGCCAUGCAGUGGAACCUGUCACCUAAUGGGACUGCAUUCUGAAUGGAACAUUCCGGCUCUUCAAUUUUUUAAGCAAUUUAGACUGUAGCAAGAAAAUGUGCAGCCUUUUGGGCAAAGCCCCUGGAACGAGGCCUACCCAUUAUGGACUGUGGUAACUUGGUGGUAUUUUUAGUAUUUAUUUUAAUGGAGGAUCAAAUGCUUUCUAACUGGGCCCCUGACAGUUCCCUGUGAGGCCUGGGUGGGUCACCUGCCCUCUCUGGAAUUGUUUCUUCAACUGGAGGAGGGUCCUGCCUAUGUUGACAUUGCAUUGUAGAAAAAUGGGGCCUCUGGUUUCUCUUUACCAGGGGCAGUGCCUCUCUGCGGGGGAGGAAAAGCUCAAGGUUAGCUGUCUUAAUGCAAGUGACUUACCAGGCCUACAGAGUCCAGUCCAGUCAUUUGUUGGACUGGGCUCUGGCAGAUGGCCUGUUGAGCUCAAUUUGAAUGUGAGGGCUGCGGUGUGGUUUCAAACAUUCAUGAUGGAUGUAUUUUCCUACCCCUAACUUAACGAGAAAAAAAAAGACUUUCUUUUUUUGCCAAAGUCCAGAAAAGGGCCUUUAGCCUUUAGCAGGAGCUUAAAUUGUUGGGGCCCCUCUACCUCUCUCAGGGUCAGAACUGCCUGAUUUUUGGUGGACGAGCCCUUCAGGGUUCUGCUGUCAGCCCCACCUGGACAGAGGCUUACAAGACUAGGGUCUGGAGCAGAAUCUGUGUAUUUCUGUCUGGGACCAGGAAGCUGCAGCUGUCCCAUCAUCCCCAGCAAAUCCUAGAAGUGGAGUCUGGGUACUUCACAGAGAGAGGUGUCGGCACGCACAGCCGUGGACCCAGCUGAGCAGAGCAGAUGCUUUGCAAGCUGCCCCUGGCUGCUCUCUCCCUUUCCCGCUUCUGCUCUCUUUACGGACUGGUCAGAGGGUAGGUGGGAAAGAACAGACAAGCCAUGUAAGUUGGCAGUGGGGAGAUUUCUGCUGUGGAAACUGCCUGGGAAUUCAGGCCAGCAGCGUCCUCAUUCGGCCACCUGGCUAUGCCCCUUAAAUAAGCCCCUCACCUUGCUGCCUCAGGACCUUCAAGAUUCCAUCCGUGGGCUGGCCGGCGCGACGGCACCAGUGGGGCCCCACACCCUGGCUGGGCGGAGGUGCUGCUAGCAACCUCUCUUUCUCUGUAGGAGGAAAUGGAAAAUGCAGGGUGUGGAAUUGCCCUUUGGGGUCCUUCCUUAAUUGAAGGCCACCUUCUCACAGGUUUCAUUCUGCAGGGAUUUAUUGGAAUCUAUUGGUGCUGCUGCGUGAGUCUGCUGGCAACCUGACUACACAAGGACUGGGUAGCAGACUCCUCAGAGUCCUCUUGACACAAAUGUCUGAUUUGUGUCACUCUUCUGCCUUCGUGAAAAGCCAAUAGCACUCUAAAAUGUCAGGGGAUUUUCGUUCCAAGCAGGGCCCCUGGUUUCCAUGCUGCCCUCAGUUGGAGUUUGGAUCCAAAGGCUCUGGCUAAGUCAUUAUGUCACUUUUUCACAGGAAUGUAAAUUUGGCCAUCACCUCUGAAUUUGUUCAGUACCCCACCAUGGUCUAUGAGAAGUACACUGGAAGCGUGGGGGGAACACAUGACAUGAUUUGUAAAUAGCAUCAUCUUUGCCGGACAAGUCUCCAGAGGAUCCCUGUUUCCCAACUGAAAGGUGUGAACGGACACACACAUGGCCUGGAUGACACCUUGGCUGUUCUGAGGGGCUGUCAGGUGGGCUCUGGGCCUUCCAGCUAGGCUCUCAAGCACAGCAGAAGCCUCACUGGCUGCUAUGUCUCUGUAUCUGUGGCUUGUGUGGUAACCUCAGAAGCAGAGCUGUUUGGCAGACUGGCUGGAGAAAUUCCCUCUGGGAGACGUGCCUGUGCUGUGCUUCCAGGUCACAGAGCCCCCCAGAAACUCACAGGGGCCCUCUUCCCAGGAAAGAAUCUAUUCUAUCACUUCAGAAUCAGGACACUCAAGCUCUGGCAGAGGCAGGCCAAGUUACUUUCAUGGUCUUACCCUCUGCUUUUCCCCUUUUUGCAAAAAACCAUCAGCCAAAUCCGAACCAUUGCCCUUGUUCCCCCGACAUUCCCUCUCAGAUUUGUCUCAAAGGGAAAACACAGUGGAUGAAAAGGUGUGGCAGGCUUUGGCAGCUUAUUAAAAUCUAGUCAUCUGUCGAUGUUACUUUGCUUGUCCACAGCAGCCAGUCACCCUGGCAGUCACACUUCCUGGGUAAUUCUCUACCCUCACCCCACAGAGCCAUCUCUCUCCAGACCAAAAGCUGGAAGGAGAGUUGUUUUGAGAGCUUGUUUUUACAACUGCACGUUUAUUAUGAUACUUUCUCUCCAAAGGAAACUUUAUAAAUCAAUGGGAACAAUUAGCAACAGAAAGAGCACAGUCCCUGCUUUUGACUGGGUUUCUAUUUUAAGCACAAAUGAGAUCUCUGGAGCCAGAAUGCCAGGGUUCAACCCUCAGCAUUGCCACUUACUAGCUGUAUGAUCUUAGCCAACUUCACUUCCCUGAACCCCAAUUCCAAAGUUUGUGAAAUGGCGACAAUACCUAUGUAUCACUGGAUUAUUGGCUAAAAUGGAAUGAGAUUCCUUGUGUGAAAACAGCUAUUAUACCUGACACUCAUCGUAUGGGCUCUACAAAGGGAUGUUCCCCAACCUGUCCUUCCCGACAGGAAGCACGGGGCACUGCAGAUGGGGAAGCAUGUCACCUUGGCAGUGACUCUGUGGCUUCCCAAGCAGGAGUGUCAGGGGAACCAUUAGACAGAGUCUAGGAGCCAAACGCAUUGCCACCCUGAGCAGACAUGGGAGUGGGGAGGGGGCUGUGACUCAGUGAGUGACUUUCAGGGGCCCCAGGCCCUGCGGGAUGUAGGCCAAGCCCUACAGCUUCCCUGGGCAGUAAGUAAAAACAUUCUCCUAGCAUUAAAAUGGUUUCCAUAACUACUUUUGUCCUGGCUUAAUACUGGGUUCCUGGCAUGCGGCCAAGAACUCUGCUUUUCCGUGGUGCUUAUGUGUUGAGUAGAUUAGCUGGGGAGGGAUAUUCCUUGUUUAAUGGCAGAUCCAGGACACUCAGGAAGCUCUGCCCAUUGACUUCACCUUACCAGGCGAGAGUAGCACUACUUGGAAGGCUGCUCCUGUCUUAUAAAGCCUGUCUACUUAUUAGCUCCUCCACCGAAAAAAGGAAAAGAAUUUGCUGUUAGAAGGCUGGGGCAGGACACCGACAGUCAUCAGGGGAUCUAUGUUUGGCUUGUGACAAGUGGCUUCACUCCCACGGCUCAGGUACUAUUGGGGGAUAUUGAGCCUACUUCCUAACCCCACUGACCUCCACUGCAUCAUUUGGAAAAGGGAAUCUCCCUGUCAUUCUCUGAUAGCUGUCAGUCAGGAGCUGACCUCACAGACAGGGGCACUUUCCCCUCCUAUCCAGGUCACUGGUGACACUGGGGGAUGGGAGGUCACUCCUUGGCAACACUUCUGAGACUGAAGUAGCUUUCUGAACUUGUCCUGGGCCCAGAAGGAAGAUACUAAUCCCACCUCUGCCACUUGGCUGCUGUGUGGCGCUGGGCAAGUCUCAAUCACUGGGUGUCUAUAUGCUCAAGUACAAAAAACACUAUUAAGACUUAUAGAUGGGCACAGU